AGAGACACAAAGAUGCGAUCGAUCGGAGAGAAGCCACACGCAGUGUUUGUGCCAUACCCGACUCAAGGUCACAUAAACCCAUUGCUCCAACUAGCAGAACUUCUGCAUUACAGAGGCUUCCACAUCACUUUCGUCAAUACUGAGAUCAACCAUGAACGAGUCCUCAAGUCUAGUGGUCCCAACACGGUCGACCAUUUACCUGACUUCCGAUUCGAAACCAUCCCUGAUGGUCUCCCUCCUUCUGCUACCCGUGACGUACCGACCCUCUGUGAAUCCACCAGUAAAAACUGCUUGGAACCAUUCCGUAAACUUCUCGACAAACUCAACGAUUCCGAUGUUCCACCGGUUACUUGUAUAUUCUUUGAUAUUCCGAUGAGCUUUUCUUUGACGGCUGCCGAAGAAAUCGGCGUUCCUGGCGUUGGUGUCUGGACUGCUAGUGUUUGUGGUUUCAUGGCUUAUCUACAAUAUCCUCAACUUGACGACAGAGGACUCACAGUAGCCAAAGGUGUGAAUUAUCUUUCAGAAAAGUACAAGCACACCCCAAUUGAUUGGGUGCCAGGACUGAAAGAUAUUCGUUUGAAGGACAUGAUUAACUUUGAUCGUCUUGGGGAUACAAGAGACUUCAUGGUUAAGUUCACUUACGAACAAGCCAAGAGAUGUUUCAAUGCAUCCGCCAUUGUUUUCAACACUUUCGAAGCCUUAGAACACGAUGUCUUAGAAGCAUUGAAGUCUCAACUCCCACCCAUCUACAAUAUAGGCCCUUUGCAUCUCCUUUGCAAAAAUGUUAUCAAAGAUGGCUCGAGCUUGGUUGAUUCAAACCUAUGGAAACAAGAUGAAGCUUGCAUUGAGUGGCUCGACUCGAAAGAGCCCAACUCGGUCAUCUACGUGAAUUUUGGAAGUAUCACGGUUAUGUCACCUGAGUCACUGGCCGAGUUUGCUUGGGGACUUGCUAAUAGUAACCAAUACUUCUUGUGGGUCAUUAGGCCUGAUUUGGUCGGAGGGGAUGACACAGAGGCACUGCCACCGAAGUUCUUGACGGAGACAAAAGGGAGGGGCUUGAUAGUGAGUUGGUGCUCACAAGAGGAAGUCUUGAAUCACUCGUCUGUAGGUGGGUUUUUGAGUCACACUGGGUGGAACUCAACAGUUGAGAGUGUGUGUGGUGGAGUGCCUAUGAUCUGUUGGCCAUUGUUUGCAGAGCAGAGGAUGAAUUGCAGGUUUGCUUGUACUGCUUGGGGAAUGGGAUUGGAGAUGGAAACAGAGGUGAAAAGGGAGGAAGUGGAGAGGCUUGUGAGGGACAUAUUGGAGGGAGAGAAGGGAAGUGAGAUGAAGAAGAGGGCUUUGGAUUGGAAGAGGAAGGCUGAAGAGGCUAUUAGUAUUGGUGGCUCCUCUUUCUUGGAUCUGGAGAAGCUGCAAAAGGAAGUGUUGUUUUCCAACAGAAAAUGAAAAA